AUGGAUUGUGGAGAUACAGAAUAUGUGAUCAGGUGCUUUGGAUGCUCAAGCAUUGUGUGCCGCAGGGCAAUGAGAUCAAUGCUUUUGUUGAAUACCAAGAUCAAGGUUUACUCAGCAAGCAGCUCUACAGAGUGUGUGCAAUGUAUUAGAGAUGUAUAUAUGGCAUACAUGUGUAAGUGCAUUGUGAUUGAUAUCAGUUGCAAAUGCUGCCGCAUGGUGCUUGGAUAUUACAUUGUCAGGCCAUGCAUUGAAUGCACAGCAGGCAUCUGUAGUGGCCGUAGAUGGAUAUUUGAUACGAGCUCUGUAAAGCCUUCGGCUAGAAAGCCAGGAUAUAUGAUUCAGGCACAUGAGCUGCAACACUUUAGCACCGAUUACGAUCAUGAAAUCAAAAUAAGAUGA